AGCAGUUUGAAGCAAUUUUUCCGUGAAAAUCCCUUAAAAUAAAACAAAAAAUUGUGAUAAAAAUUCCGAAAAAAUGUUAACUUAGCAGCUAAUGAAGAAAAUCCAUAAAAAAUCACUUCACAAAGCAAAAAUACAAAAAAUUAGAAAGUGAUAUCCUUUUGACGACAGGAGGAAUUUUUCAUCCUUCACACAUCUGGAAAAUGGCAUUUUCCUCAAGCACAUCAAAUCCCUUCGGAUUAACGAGUCCGACGCCGCUCCAGAUGCUCAUUGACGAGAUAAAUUUCCAGCGACAAAAGGAGAUGCGACAACUGCUGAAGGAUGAUUCUGGUUUCGUCGUUCUUCAAGGCACAACUUGGUACACAGAUCUCUUCGUGCGUCACUUUUUGUUCCAAGCGGAGCGUUCGAGCAUCGAAAGUGACGACUUGCUCUUCUUCGUGCGCAAAAAGCACAUUCGCGGCACAUCCCGUAACGCGCCCAAAUACGAGACGGAGCUCGAAGUUUUCCGCAAAGACUCGAAAAAGCUGCCAAUCGGCGAUCCCGAUGUCGACUGGGAGGAAACUGUCUACCUCAAUUUGGUGAUUCAUCAGUUCGAUUACACGCUUACGCUGGCAAUUUGUACACGCACAUCGCCCAAGGAGCUGCAAGUGUUGCGUCGGCACUCGCAAAAGGUCUACGCAUCGCCGUCGCGUCGCAAAAUGGACAGCAAGGGUGACAGCGAGACGAUCACAUAUCCGCACAUUUGCUUCAUGAUCGACAAUUUCGACGAGGUUUUUCACGAUAUUCUUGUGCGGGAUGGCGAAAUGGUUUGUGUCGAGCUUGUGGCGAAAGAUCGUGACGGCGGAGCAGUGCAAGGCGUCAUUUUUUUGGGUUCGAUUCGGUAUGAUGCGUUAAAGAAGGUUUAUGAUGCGCGACAAAGUAGUCUCAGUACAAAAGUUGCACAACGAAUGACUUUUGGGUUGUUUAGUUCGGGCGCAGGACCGCAAACGCGAUGCGAAUUUGUACGAAUGAAGGGCCCGCAAGGCAAGGGACAUGCGGAAAUGGCUGUGACGAAACCGAAAGGAUCGGGAGUUGAGACGCCAACGAGUGAACCGGGAUUCUGCGCUACCGACAUGUGGGACUCCGAAUGGGAAGAAGACAUCGACGAGUACAAUUAUCGCCAUCAACGACGCCUCAGCGACCCGAGCGCCAAUCUCAACUACUUUUCCAACAAAUACGCAUGGCGCGCAAAGGAAAAAGACACAACUGUCUCUUACGGAGCCUCCAAAGCACGUUCGGAGCAAGAAGGCUUAGAUUGCUUGGCAAGCGAAGUAUCGGAAAUUGAAUCGGGCGAUUUGCGUGAUGAUCGUCCUGCUUCCCUAACGCAACAAGAACCUCCCUUGGCGAAGUCGCGAGUCACGCAUCUGCGGCAAAAACCUGCUUUGUCGGCAUCCGAAAGUGCGUUGAACAACAAAAACUUGGAUGAAAAGAAGAAAUGCACGCAAAAUUCGUCGUGUUGCGAUUGUUUCCCAAGCCCGAAGAAGCGAUGGAGUGACAGCGGAUCCGCGCAAAUGUCUGACGUUUACGUUGCGGGCGAACAUCGCACGGAUUUCAGCUCGCCAGCGUGCCUGAAUCACAUGAACACGCGAAAAAGUCACAAUUUGUUGUCGAUCGAGAGCGAAAUUGAGUUCCGCGGCGCGAAAAAUGCGAAAAAUGGCAAGAAAACUCCGUCGAAAAAGAGUCCCGUGAAGAAAGGCACGCCGAAAAAACGCUCGAAAAACUACGAAAUCGAGUUAGCUGACGAGGCAUGUGCCGAAAGUGAUCCCGAAACGUCAAUUGCUGAACCCCCGUCUCACAUAUCAACGCCUCCGAGUGUCAAUGGCAAGCACGGAAAUGCAGAAAAAUGCCAAAAAACGACGCGAAAACUCCAAAAAGCAUUGAGUGUUGCUCAAACCGAAUCAAUUAGUGAUAAAUCCGCAACUUCGAGUCCUUCCAAUACGUUACCCCGUCCAAAGGGUCUCAACCGAUUUUUUACCUAUAAUAGAAAUAAGCAGAACAAGUUGAACGAAAACACGACAGAAACGUCUUUCAUCACGUCGCCGUCUCCCGUGAACAAAUGUGAAUUUCAACUUGCGCUCGAGUGCGCGAUGAAAGAGGAAAAUGACUUGAAUGGCAAUCCCAAAAUCCGAAGCAAUCAGUGCAAUACGUUGCCACGCAUGAAAAAGUCGCAUUUUCAUCCGAGUAUUUUGUAUUCGCGCGGCGAUGGGAAUCGAACGCCAUUUAAAGUGCCAAAGAGAACGACAACCGAUGGGACGACGAUUUAUUAUUGGUGUGAUGUUCCCAAGAAACAAAUUAAAGAACUCGAUGAUGGCGCUUAUAAUCCGUUAUGGACUUCACGAGGUUUUACGCAAACAUUCCAUUUUUGGAAGGAAAAUAAAAGACAACAAUCGACUCCUUUAAAUGCGUUCUUAACUUAUGUCACGUUGCCAUGGUGGAGUAUAGCAAAAGAUCUUCUUGAUCAUCGAGAAACACCAAUAUUAACGUUUUAGCGUAACAAUUUUUACAUCGUCGCCUUCAUAUUUACAAGUUUUAAUAUAUAAAAAAAAAAAUAAAACAAAAUAUAGAAAUAUUAAUAAUACGUAUUAUCAAACAAAGUACGAUGUUGCUUGAUGACUGAUUAACAAAAAUGAAAAAAAAAAUACAAAAGUCAUGCACAUUCCAUUUUUUGAAUAAUUUGAAUUUUGUAGCCAAAGUUUUAGUCAAAAGUAAAGCUUUUGUACGCCAUAAUUGUGAGUGAUUUGAAACGAAAAAAUAAAUAAUUUUAAGGAUUUUAAAUUUAUUUCGAAUAAUUUUUGUGAUUUUUUUAUUUAAUUUUAAACUUAAAUUUUUUUUUAAAUAUUUUGUGAUAAAAUAUUUAGAAUUUUUAGCCUGCAAAAAAAUUAUUUUUUGAAAAAUUUUUAUCAAAAAAAAUUUUAUUUUAAUUUUAAAAAAUAAUUAUUUUUAAAUAUUUUUAUUAAAAAUGA